CUCAUUCACUCCCAUUAUUCCCUCCUCAACCCCAUGCACACUCAUCUCAUUAUUCUCCUUCAACAACAACAACAACCAUGAUCAACAACAACUACAACAAGCUCCACUCCUCCCUCUCCGCCACCUCUACUCCGGCAUCCUCCUUCCACCUCUCCGGCAAUGAUCUCCCGCCCACACCUCCACCCUCCUCCUCCCACCGCCGUCGCUCUCGUAUCCUUAUCAUCUCCUUCCUCUCCGUCCUCCUCAUCGCUGCCUCCAUCGUCUCUGCCGCCGUCCUAGUCCGGUCCCGCAUCGCGUCUAACGAACCCCAUUUCCCACACAACAAGCCCUCCCAAGCCAUCUCCCGCGCGUGUAGCCACACUCUCUACCCAUCUCUCUGCCUCUCAUCUCUUCUCUCCAUCCCCGACGCGCUCUCCGCCGACGUUCAUGACCUUGUUCAUAUCUCUCUCAACUUAACUCUUCAACAUCUCACUAAGGCUCUUUAUUCCACUUCUCAAAUCCCUAUCUCACAAAUCUCUAACGACCCUUUAGCUCAUUCAGCUUAUGAAGACUGUAUGGAGCUUCUAAAUGACGCCGUUGACGCUUUUUCAGUUUCUCUUUUUUCUACUGAAGCUUCCAAUCACGACGUCAUGACGUGGCUUAGUGCGGCAUUGACUUACCAUGACACGUGUACGGAUGGAUUUGCGGAUGUGGCUGACUUGGCUGUUAAGAAUCAGGUGGAGGCGAAGUUGAGUGAUUUGUCGGAGAUGAUCAGUAAUUCUUUGGCUAUAUUUUCUGGGUUUGGUGGUGGGGAUUUGCCAGUGCAGAAUAGGCGGCGUCGGUUGAUGGAGAGUGGUACGCGGUCAUGGGCGGCGGAGAAUGGUGGUGAUGGGGGUUUUCCUCAAUGGCUGAGUGUGAAGGAUCGGCGGCUUUUGGCUGCUCCUAUAUCGGCGAUUCAGGCGGAUAUUGUGGUGGCUAAGGAUGGUUCUGGGAAGUUCAAGACGGUGGCUGAGGCCAUUGACGCGGCGCCGUCGUCGAGUGGCCGCCGGAUCGUCAUCUACAUUAAGGCCGGAAAGUACGAAGAGGAGAAUUUGAAGGUGGGAAGGAAGAAAACAAACUUGAUGUUUGUGGGAGAUGGGAAGGGCAUAACCGUCAUUUCAGGUGGCAAAAGUGUUUUUGACAAAGUUACCACUUUUCGCACCGCCACCUUUGCGGGGUCCGGAACAGGAAUAAUUCUACGAGACAUGAUAUUUGAGAACACAGCAGGACCAAGCAAGCACCAAGCGGUGGCAUUACGCUUGAGCGCAGACCACGCCGUGGUAUACCGAUGCAACAUCAUUGGUUAUCAAGACACUCUCUACGUGCACUCGAAUCGCCAAUUCUUCCGAGAGUGCGACAUCUAUGGUACAGUCGACUUCAUCUUUGGGAACGCUGUAGUCGUUUUCCAAAGCUGCAACAUCUAUGCUCGAAAGCCAAUGCCGGGACAAAAAAACACCAUUACAGCCCAAGACAGGAAGGACCCAAACCAAAAUACCGGAAUCUCCAUCCAUGCUUGCAAGAUAAUUGCCACCAGCGACCUUCAAGCCUCCAAGGGUUCUUUCCCCACCUUCCUCGGCCGCCCUUGGAAGCUAUACUCUAGAGUUGUGUACAUGGUAUCUUUCAUGGGAGACCAUAUUCACCCACGAGGCUGGCUGGAGUGGCAAGGUUCUUUUGCUCUCGACACUCUUUACUAUGGCGAGUAUUCAAAUUCUGGGCCCGGCGCUGCCGUGGGACAGCGGGUUAAGUGGUCCGGUUAUCGAGUUAUAACUUCCACGGUGGAAGCCUCUAAAUUUACUGUUGGCCAAUUUAUUUAUGGCUCUUCUUGGUUGCCCUCCACUGGAGUGUCAUUUUCAGCUGGCUUAUCUGCUAACUAAUUAGAAUGCAUAAUUUUUUUUUUUCAUGAGUGUAUUUAAAUAAUUAAAAUUUGUUUUUUUCUUUUUUUUUUUUUAUUUUUUAUUUUUAGGAUGUGGUUGAUGAUGACACGUGUAUAGUCUCAUUCCUUUGAUUAUGCUCUUGGAAAAUAAUAUGAGCCACAUCAAAAUAUGAGAUGGUCAUAUAUAUAAAUACAUAUAUACAUAUAUGGCUAUAAUUGUGAUUGUAUUUGUUGUAUCAACAUUAUAUAUUUACUGAAUAAAUUUGUUUUUUUUCUCUC